AUGAUGCAGUUUUUAAUAGAGGUUGUGGCGAGGCUUUGCCAGAGACAAGUAUUCCAGGUACAUUGGUCUUCUAGCUCCUGGGUGGCAUAUGCAGACACCAGGGUUGGUAGUGGUGCACUAGGUGUGCUAGUCAUAGCACCCCUAAGCUGCAUACUUGGGCACCAGCAGUGGUUGGGUCGUUGGGGUGGGCUAGUCCUCAGGCCUCCAGGUGGCAUGCAAAGGCACAAUGGUGGCAGCAGCACACCACAUGGGCUGUUCCUUGUUGCUCUGAUAGUGGUGGUAGUCAGCUGGGUGAGUCCAUCCCAAGGCCUUCAGGCUGGUCACUGGGCCCCCAGAAAGGGCUCAUGGACACUAUCAUCACUGGUGAUGAGGGGGAUGGGCCUGUCCUCAAGCCCCAGGAGAGUGCACAAGGGUCCUGUCAGCAGCAGGGCAGAAGGGCUGAUCCUUAGACCCCCAGACUGCACACAGGUGGCAGUGGCAGCAGCAGCAGCAGGCAGGCAGGAGAGGUCCCCAUUUGGAGCCCCUGCAUGGCGUGUCUGGGCAUUGGCAUUGUUGCCAAUGGGUGGUGUAAAUCUGUCUUCAGGCUUCCAGACAGUACGCGUGACAAGCUGCUCCUCAGGCCCCAUUAAGGCAUUGCAAGUACAUGGUGGCCCUGCCACCACCAUGGGUGGGGUUGCUGUCAAUGGUAGCAGCCCUAGGAAGGUGGGUCCCAGCUUCUGGGCAGUGCACAAUUUGGUUCCCUUUGUCUUGGGUGUGGCCUCCCUGGUGAGCUGCUCUGCCUCUUCCCCAAAGUGUAGGACACUGUGUGGGCUAGAGUGCUGCGGUCCCAGCCACAACGUUGCAGCCAGUGGUGUCAUGACGCUGCAGUCCUCUGGGUGA